AUGGCAAACCUCCCAUCCUUCACAAAAACAUUCCACCGGGAGCCCUACCCGGCCAUAUCGCCCACGCGACCCGAGCUAUCGGCGGCUGGAAAGACCGUCCUCGUCACUGGCGCAGCAGGUCGGAUAGGCCAGGCGAUCUGCGUCGCGUUUGCGCGUGCGGGGGCCAAACACGUGGCGAUGCUUGAUCUCGACGGGGGAAACUUGGAACGGGCCAGAUCCGAGAUCGAACAGAAUACAGAAUGCCGGUCCACAGCUCUCCAUCUGUUCCCCGUCGACAUUACGGACCAGAAUGCCGUCAGGGAGGCCUUCUCUGCGAUUGCGUCGGCCGCGGGAGGGAGGUUGGACGUCUUGGUCAACAACGCGGGCUACCAGUCCUCCGCUGCGCUCUAUCGGGACGCCGACCUGGACGAGUGGUGGAAGAGCUUCGAAAUCAACGUCAAGGGCAGCUUCAUCGUCUCUCAAGAGUUCGUGCGUAGAGCAGCACCGCCACCACAGUGCUCUAAUGGCAAUAUCACGCCCCAACCUGUAUUGAUCAAUCUCUCCAGCGUGCUGGCGCACUGGGGGAUCCGACAAGGCUACGUCAACAAGCAAAGUCCGUACAGCGGCUCCAAAUUGGCCAUCACACGCGCCAUGGAGGUCCUCCAGGAGGAAGAGCCGUGGCUGCGGGUGGUGAACAUCCACCCGGGCCUGGUGGUCUCGCCCAUGUCGGCGAAGUCGGGGACGUUGGAGUUUUCACUCGACCAUGUCGACCUUCCGGCACACUUUGCUGUGUGGCUUGCCAGCGACGAGGCUGACUUCACCAAAGGGAGGUUCUUGUGGUCGAAUUGGGACGUGGAAGAGCUGCAGCAACGAAAGGCAGAGAUUUUGGAACAAGAUCUACUAAGGCUGAAGGUAGAUGGACUGUGA